UUUUCAAAUAUGUAAAUUUUACCUCAAAAAAUGUAAAGAUUUUGUCUGAAGAAACAACCAAAAUUAACAAGAUUGAAUCUCGGAUUUCCGAACGGUACCCACUAAUUGGGACAUAAACCGUGACAGAGGUAGUACUAAAAACUCAGUCUUGAGUGUAGUUCCCAAAUAUCUGGACCAAUUUACUCAUGAAUGAAGCUAUUGUACUCAUCCUUGGCAAAAGUAACGUCAACCCAUUGUCGAGCUAUCAAGUCAGCACACAUUAGUGAUACAUACACUGCCACUACCAUCUUAAACGGAUACACAAAAUGGAGGGAAAUUGGUGUUGCUCUCAAGUUGUUCGACGAAAUUCCCCGCAGAGAUACUGCUUCUUGGAACAUCAUGGUUUCUGGAUACGUCAAUUCUGGGAACUUUCAGACUGCUUGGGUGUUCAUUAAUUUGAUGAAAGAACAUGGGUUUUAUUUAAAUGACUAUACUUUUGGAAGUAUACUAAAAGGAAUUGCUUCUAAUGGCUUAUUGUCCUUAGGCCAACAGGUGCAUUGUGAUGUGGUUAAAAUGGGCUAUGUCGGGAACGUUUAUUCCGCAAGUGCUCUACUGGACAUGUAUGCUAAGUGUGGCAAAGUUGACGAUGCGAAUGAAGUGUUUCAACGCAUGCCUGAACGUAAUUAUGUCUCGUGGAACGCUAUAAUAGCAGGGUAUUCAGGGAAGGGGGAUAUAGAGUAUUGUUUUCGGUUGUUGAGAGGUAUGGAGCAAGAGGGUAUGCAACUUGAUGAUGGAACAUUCUCUCCGCUUUUAACGUUGCUUAAUGAGGACAGGUUUUACAAGUUGACUAUGCAGGUUCAUGCAAAAGUUGAAAAACUUGGUUUAGGUUGUGAAGUCAAAGUGUUUAAUGCUCUAAUUACUGCAUAUUCCCAAUGUGGGAGUAUUGGAAGUGCGGAAAGUGUUUUUGAUGGUACUAUUAUUUGCAGAGAUUUGGUAACGUGGAAUUCAAUGCUAGCAGCUUAUUUAGAACAUGAUGAGGAGAGGCGGGCAUUUGAAAUAUUCUUGGACAUGGAAAGGCUUGGGUUGGAAAUGGAUUCUUAUACAUAUACUAGUAUAUUAAGUGGUUGUUUCGAGGGUAGACAUAACAGUCAAGGAAAGUGUUUGCAUGCUUUGGUUAUUAAGAGAGGAUUGGAAAAUGUAACUAUAAUCUCAAAUGCGUUGAUUGCCAUGUAUUCCAAAUCAUGCACAAACUCUAUGAAUGAUGCAUUGGCAGUAUUUGAAAACCUGGAUUCAAAGGAUUCUGUUUCUUGGAACUCCAUUUUGACCGGAUUGUCACAGAAGGGUUGGAGUGAAAUUGCUUUUAAAUUUUUUUCAAAAAUGAGGGUGGAAAACCUCGAGAUGGAUGAGUAUUCCUUUUCCGCCACCCUUAGAUCUUGUUCAGAUUUGGCUACUCUUCGAUUUGGUCAACAAGUUCAUGCCUCGGCACUAAAACUGUGUUCCGAGUCAUACAAGUAUGUGAGCAGUGCUUUGAUACUUAUGUAUUCCAAUUGUGGAAUCAUUGAAGAUGCUUGGAAGUCCUUUGAAGUUUCUCCCAAAGAGAGUUCAAUAUCUUGGAACUCGAUCAUGUUUGCUUAUGCACAACAUGGGCAGGGCAAACUCGUGCUUGACCUCUUCGUCCUAAUGAAACAAAGCGAAGUGAAGCUAGAUCAUAUAACUUUUGUGGCAGUCUUGACUGCAUGCAGUCACAUUGGUUUCGUUGAAGAAGGUUACCGUUUUUUCAAAUAUAUGGAAGCUGAUUUUGGAAUUGUUCCUAGAAUGGAGCAUUAUGCGUGUGCGAUUGAUCUACUUGGGCGGGCUGGACGUCUUGAGGAGGCAAAGGAGCUAGUUAAAGGGAUGCCAUUUGAUCCUGAUGCUAUGGUCUUGAGAACUUUACUCGGUACUUGUAGAUCAUGCGGUGAUAUUGAGUAUGCAAGUGAGGUGGCUAGCCGUUUGCUCGAAUUGGAGCCAGGAGAGCAUAGCACUUAUGUGUUGCUCUCAGAUAUGUACCGACAAUUUAAGAAGUGGGAUAAAAUAGCUAAUAUUAAGAGGCUGAUGAGGGAAAGGAGUGUCAACAAGGUACCUGGUUGGAGUUGGAUAGAAGUUCAAAACGAGGUGCAUGCUUUCAAUGCGGAGGACCUUUCACAUCCUCAUUGCCAAGAAAUUUAUGCGAAACUGAGAGAGUUGACAGAUGAAAUCAUGUUCUCUGAAUCUGAAAAUGCAAGCAGAUUAACGAUUUCUACGAGUGAUCAGGAAUCAGUUGUUUAACAACGGAAUCAAAGCAAUGAGGUUCUUGUCACUCAGGCGGGAACUGGUUCUGGUGCCUUUUAUCUUGUCAAACUGGAUAAGCAUGCUCUACUGAAAGUUUGAGGAAGUGUAGCUGUAGCUGCACCUGCUAUCUGAAUAAAUUGGAGUGCAUGUUUCUCCAGUAGUAGUAUGCAUUUGUAAUGCCAGUUUUCCCCACCCCUUUGAUCAGGCUUAAUGUACAUUAGUUGCUGUUCCACCAAGAUCCACCCCCCAGAUAUUGUGUUGCCCUUUCUGCUGAGCGGCACUUAGAAUUUUUCUGACCCUUCAAAGUUCUUGGUCCUCCUUUAUAAGUUCGACUUUCCUCCUCAUUUUUUAUCAAACUCUAGAAAUUUAACAGCUAAAUUGCCAAAUAUCUUACAACAACAACAACAUACCCAGUAUAGUCCCACAAGUGGGGUCUGGGGAGGGUAAGAUGUACGUAGACCUUUGUGGGGUAGAGAGGCUGUUUCCGAUAGACCCUUGGCUCAAAAAUUGCCAAAUAUCUUAAUUGGGUGAAUUAUUUGGUGGCUCUGGUUCACAGUUUCUGCUCUAGCCACCUCUUUCUGGUCCCCCUUCCAGGCUUAUAUCAAUAACAAUUUUAAGCUGUUGUUUCUGGUGAAUUUGGCUGAACUUUGGAGGUCUUAUUCCGAUUGACUGAAGUGGUCUUUCUUUUUUCUCCAUUUUUCACGUAUACUAAAUUUCUACUCUAGGAGUGUAAUUGGUGGUUUAUCGCUUAUUUAAUUAUGUGCACAUAUUCUAUGAAUCUAAGCAAAGGAAUACAUAGAAAACGCCAUAAGACUUACCUUGAAGGAUCCUUGAAAUUUGAAGUAUCAUCAUCAAAACUUGUGCUCUCUAAAGCUAUGCUUAUUUGGUGGUCCAGAUAUAUGAACAAAUUCAGUUAUUGCUUUACAAAGUGGUAGUAUCUUUUACUGUAACAUAGGAUAUGAUCCCUUUGUAGUUGUGGUUAUAAACUUAUAAUAGAUUAAGUGGAUAGUGGAACCAUCAGUGAAGAUGAAUUCCAUCUGCAUAAACAGUGAAAAGAUAUUUCUAUUGAAGAUUAUGUACUGUGUAUUUUCUUAUAGAUCUUCCAUAAUGUCCAAAUUAGGAAUACUAACAUGUCGAUUGUGUCAAAUACUUCACUUGCAUUAUCACUUUCUCGCAUAAUGAUAUUUUGCUGUCCUACUUGCAAGAUAGAGGAGAAAAUCAUUGGUGAAGCUGAUAAUGUAUAUCUUCAAAUUCAGAUAGCAAGGAACUUUGAAGGUUCAAGCGAUGUUCAAAAGGGUCAAGAGGGCAUCAUGAAGAAUCCAGAUGCUAUUGUAGUCAUUCUGGAUAGAUCACAGAAAUUAAGAAGCACAUUGACAGGAAGAGCUUGGAACGCGUCAACACCAACUGACAAAUGGCUUGCAGCUCAAACAGAAUCAGUAAGCACAAGAUGCUUUGCAAGCAGAAGUAUUGCAUUCUAUUGUGCAGUAUUUGUGAAUACUGUGCAAGUCAUUCAAUAAGUUAAAUGUUUUUAGAGAUCAACCUGGCUACGUAAGACAGUUUAAGAUGUGUCGUUAAGUGUAAAAAGAUAUACUUGAUGUGACAUAGUAUUAGUGUCCCAUGCCACAUUAGGUAAAUAGAGUCAUAUAUGUUGUCGAGCGCACAUUGUCUCAAUUGUUUCUCUUGUUUAUCUUAUUUCUAUGAAAUGAAACUAAUCGCUUUCAUAUGCAUC